CGAGCGAGUAAACUGUAGUGGUACCAGCAAAAGCCGCCGAGCAGCCGCGGUCUGCGUCUGUACUCGUGCAGUAACCAGCUUUUGACGCAGCAGCAGCCGUGGUCCGCUGUUGGUUCUUAUCUGCUAGUGGCAAGCUUUAUCUCGCUGACCACUUUCUCUGACAUGUGCUUGUGGGACUGUCUCCAAGCCCCUCCAGCCCCUCAGAUCUCGUCUCGUCUCGACUGCCUCUCUUUCUGCUCUCGCGUCACUCACACGCUGCUUUUCUCUCGUCAAUGCCCCAAAACAGCUCCAACAAGCUCCCCCUCCUUGCCCUCCUUGUCCUCCUCCCUCCUCACCCCUCCAUCUGCAUGGCCUCGUUUCUCCCCCUCCCUUGCAGCUCUCGCUCGCGGCUUGUCGAGCCUCUUUUUUCCCCGAGUCUCUCCCUCUGCCUACCAACUACCUUGGAGUGCCCCCACCCGUGGCUGGCAAACAGGCCAUGGCUGCUUGAGCCGGUUCGUUCUCGUGCAUCGGAAGCGCCAGGCCAGCCCUUGUGCAUCGACCAGGGCCGCUCAGUCCGGCAAAAAGGCUGCAGAGGCACCAAUCAUGGCUUCGCGGCGCCGCCAUUGGAGGAACAUGGCCGGUGCUAGCUGAGAGAGGCAAGCCGUCGGUACAUGGACCACGGGCGCCGGUGCAGCAAACACAAGUCAUUUCUUGAUUGAAUCCACAGGCAGACAUGACGCUGAAAACUGGACUGAGUGCUACCCUGCGCUCCCACGUUCUAUCGAGCAGCUAACCAGCCCGUGAGCAGGGUG